AUGAGUCUGGAUAUCGCCAGCAUUGAUGCCAUCUCAGAAAUCAAUAUGGACUACACAGCCACUAUCUUCCUGCGUCAGCGUUGGAGGGACUCCCGACUGGUAUUCCCAGGGAAUGAGAGUGUGAGUGUGGAUGGACGACUAGUCUCCCUCCUCUGGAUCCCAGACACCUUCAUUCCAGACUCCAAACGCUCCUUCCUGCAUGACGUCACCAUGGAGAACCGUCUCAUACGGAUCUUCAGCAACGGGACCGUUCUCUAUGCUCUACGAAUAACAGCGACCAUCGCCUGCAACAUGGACCUGACCAAGUACCCAAUGGACAGACAGGUGUGCACACUGCAGCUGGAGAGCUGGGGCUACAACCUACAGGAUGUAAUAUUCUACUGGACUAGAGGGAAUGACUCAGUGAAGGGUCUGGACACACUGCGCCUUGCCCAGUACAGUGUUGAGACUUACUACACAUCUGUUUCUGAGGCUGUCUAUGAGACAGGGCUGUACCCGAAGCUGGUGCUCCACUUUGCUCUGCGCAGAAACGUGUUGUUCUUUAUCCUGGAGACAUACGCCCCUUCUACUCUGUUGGUGGUGCUCUCCUGGGUCUCCUUCUGGAUCAGCCAAUCAUCUGUCCCUGCACGCACCUGCAUCGGUGUGACCACAGUACUGACAAUGACUACUCUCAUGAUGGGUGCCCGUACCUCUCUCCCCAACGCCAACUGUUUCAUCAAGGCCAUAGACGUGUACCUGGGCAUCUGUUUCACCUUCAUCUUUGGGGCGCUGCUGGAGUAUGCCUGCGCCCACUUCUGUACCGUCCAGCACCAAACCGUAGGAGACAUACACAGGGUGGGUCAAAUAGAGAAAAGUGUGUGUGUGUGUCAAAUGAAAUCAAAUGCUAUUUGUCACAAGCUUGGUAAACAACAGGUGCAGACUAACAGUGACGGGUCCAUCCCCAACAAUGCAGAGUGUGUAUGUUUAUAUGUGUACUUGUCUACCAUAUUUCUGAGAUGAGACCCCCCCCCCC